AUGACAAAAGGGAUCAUACUUCCCAAAAAUGCUCCUCUUCCGGGUGAGGAGGUCAUUUAUGAUCGUGAUAACAACACCAAAAAAGUAAUCACUUAUGAAUCAGAUGAUGAUGGUGCAAUAUACAAGGAAACGCGGGAGUACACCAUCCAAAAGAUUCAAGUUCCUACAGCUGUUGCUAAGCGCAAGGGUUGGAAAAAGUUUGGUGACGCUGCUGGGGAUCCACCUGGACCUAAUCCUGCAAACACAUAUCCGGGUGAAGUUGUUAACAUUCAGUACCUGGGCAAUAAGCUAUUCACAUGGGAAGAUUUGCCUUGA